UCCACCUCAUACAUCUGGGCAAGAACUGGACUCUUCCAGUUGUUCAUAAUCUUGGAGCUAUGUUUUCUUAGGCUUGUAUAAACCAGGCCUUUAGUGAAUUAAAAUCUUCAACGAAUUGGUGGAAAGAAUCCUCGAUUACUCCUUACUUCUCUGAUCCCUUUAUCUUGUCUUACAUUCGAAUUGUUUCUUAGUUUAUUGUUCAAAUUACUUUUUGGUGACUGAUUUAGCAUACUCAAGGUCCUUUCUCAUUAGGUAUUCUACCUUAGCCUCAAGGGUCUUGAUUCUGAAGAGAAUACUUAAACAGUCUCUUUCUUCCUAGAAGUUUCUAAGGAUAGCAUUGAAACUUGAAGACCUAUUUUUUACUAUAAACUUGAGGCUCUUUCUUGGUCAUUCUCUCCUUUACCUCCGUCUUUAGGUGGUUGAUCUUGUAGGUUUGUCAAAUCUUCUUUCUUACAAAUUUUGGCUGGUCCAUCUUUGUUGGAAACGAAGUAACGAUAGGGGUAGUCGGGUGAUCCAAUUUCUUGAUUUUUGUUCAGAGAAGUUCCAUUUUUAUGCUGAAGAUCUUCAGGAAUGCUUUCUAAUUGUUUAUUCUGGUCUUUCUCAUCUUCUUUAGUGUCUUUGAAUUAAAUAGAAUUUUGAACAGUAGUAGCCUUAAGGCUUUGUAGUUCUUGCUCAGUCUGAUCUAAUCUGCCCGUAUGCUUUUUGAGUUUUCGAACAAAGGAUCUUUUGAAGAAAUAGCUGUCUCCUAUCCCAAUUACAAAGGCAAAUAUAACUUCAAAGAUUUCAAAGAUCCCUCCAAUGAUACCAAUAAGUUCUAUCAAAGUGAAUGUUUUUCUGUGGUACUUGUAUAUAAGAUCAGAAGAGGCCGACUCUUCUUUACUGAACAUAAAGUCGCUUUAUUAUCUUAG